AUAUAAUUCAUAUAAUCGUAUUGUAGAAACAGUUUGUUGAAAUGAAAAGAUCUUGUUUUUUUAAAGAUAAAACCUAAAUUGAACUUUCAGUCGUUUUGUUAAUUUUUGGUUAAGACCUUCAUAAUGGCGUCGAGUGAGGUGACAAAACUUCAACAGCACUUGUCGCUGCUGAAGGAAGAAUACAGCAAACUGCAAAGUCACUGUGCUGAAGUAGAGCGAAAGUACACGCUGGCGGCAGCUUCUGCCGGAGACCUCAGUGAGACCAGUUUUGUAGCUCGGCUUCUGAUGACGGUUGCAACACUUUAUGGCAGAGAUACGUAUUCAGAUAUUAUUAUCAAGUUGCAGAGUAAGUCUAUGCCUGGACACAAGUUUGUUUUGAAUGCUCGCUCUGAUGAUUGGAAUGAAGAAGACUUGAGAAACCUUGAAGAAUUAGAUUGGUCAAACCUACCUGAUGAUAUUGGCGCUGCACUUUUAAAAUGGCUAUACACAGAUGUGGUAGACCUAACACGUGGAGAUGCAUUUGCACUUCAACUUAUGAAGUCUGCAGCUGGUUUCAAGCUACAUGGCCUAGUUGGCAAAUGUGAACAGGCUCUAAUAGCUUCUGUGGGUGUAAGAUCAUGUGUUAAGUUUUAUUCAGCUGCUGAUGAGAUAGGUGCAUCUGCUCUCAAAGAACAUUGCUCUGGACUGAUAUCGGCACAUUGGGAUGAUCUUACAGGUGAAGACUUCGCCCAUAUGUCAUCAGCGCUACUUUACCGCAUGUUGAAGAGUAAGACUACACAGCCGUUACAUGGAGCGGUGCGGCUCAUGCGCGAAGAUGUCGUAUUUCUUUGCCUCGUGGAGAAUCAUGCGAACUUAACGGACAUAGUAAAUGCUAUGUCAACGAGAGGAGAGUUGCCUCUAGAAUUAGCACUUCGUGGACGCAGUUCCUCUAUUGCAACAACACUGUUGCAACAUUGCGCCGACGCGGACGCUCGAGGGCCCCGUGGCAGAACCUUGUUGCACAGGGCAAUCGACGCUAGAGAUCCUUUCUCGGCCAAAUUUUUAGUAGAAAAUGGGGCCGAUCCGAACCUAACAACAAAAGAGGAAGGCGAGACAGCCCUUCACUUAAUAGCUGCAUUGACAUCCAGUUCAUGUGAUGAAGAUACAAUGGAACAGAUGGCGGAAAUUGCAGAUACCAUGAUUCAGAAAAAUGCUGACAUAAACCGACAGAACAGAAAAGGAUUCACACCACUACAUCAAGCUGUGAUAGCAAGAAACCAAAGAAUAUUUGACUUACUACUUAAACAAUCAAAUUUAGACACGAAUUUGCGGACUGCGACAGAUGAAAAUCCACCCUUGUACUAUGCGCUAGUUGACGAUAGACGGGCAUCGAUUUCGUCAAGCGAAACAUUGGUCAUGAAUGGAUCUAACCCAUUUGAUACUCCGGUUACUAACAAAAAUGCAUUCACUGAAGACACGGCGGAAGAAAAAACUGAAAGUGUUGUCGAAAGAGGGUUCGCUGCUAAAUUAUUGGCUAAAGGGUGCCAACCAAAUCCGCAAUAUUCUGGAUCUGGUGACAGCCUGCUUCAUAUAUUGGCUCUUGGAUGGUUUGAGGACUCAGCUGUUUUCCUAACGACACAUUUGAACGGGGAAGUAAAUCAUGCUAACGAAGCAGGUCUGACGGCUUUACAUGCAGCCUGUGCCAAUGGUUUGGCCCGACUCACCACAGCUCUGCUAGAGCAAGGCGCGAGGCCCAAUUUGCAAACAGCUUAUGGCGAACAAGAGGACACCGUAUAUAGACAAACACCACUUCACUUAGCUAUAUACAAUAAUCAUGAAGGUUCAGUAAUGGCUAUAAUAGAACAUAAGAAAUUGAUCGAGAAGGGUGAUUACCCAGCAACAGACCGCAGCAAUGUUAGUCUUCUGCCUGAUUUGAACUUGAAAAACUCAGACGGGGAUACGCCUGUCAGCCUUGCGCUUAGCGAAUGUCACAAGCACUUAAUCACGCCAUUGAUUGAGGGGGGCGCGGAUCCAAACAUUCGUAACGGUAAAGGCUUCACGUUACUGCACCAGGCCAUUGUGGAGGAGGAUUCUAAGACUGCUAUCUAUUUACUGGACCACGGAUCUGAUAUGAACGCAUUAACGGAAGCCGGUGAAACUCCACUACAGCUCGCAAUACAUUGCCGCUUGGGUUUGGUCGUCGAGGCUCUGUGUGUACGAGGGGUGGACAUGAGUCGCCUUGACGCCAACGGGGUGCCACCUCUAUGGGCGGCCCUCGACUCCGGUCAAGAAGAAGUGGCUAGUAUUUUAGUGAGGAAUGGAGCAGACGCCGAUUGUUGGGGCGCCGGGCCGGACGGCUGUUUGCAGACACUGUUACACAAGGCUAUAGACGAAAAUAAGGAGUCGCUGGCGAUGUUCCUCAUCCGAUCAGGAUGCGAUGUGGAAUCAGCACGACGUGCUGGUAAUGGCGGCGCGGGCGCGGAUGUCGCCGCAGAGAAGCAAACGCCGCUACACCUCUGCUGCACCUGGGGACUUAUCGAUGUCAUACAGACUCUUCUAGAGCACGGUGCCAACAUAAAUUCAAAAGAUUCAGAAGGCAAAACGCCACUACAUAUAGCGAUAGAAAAUCAGCACGCGGGUAUUAUUUCUCUGCUGUUGUCUCACCCGGGCAUCGACCUCUCGGCGCGGGACAACAAGGGCGUGUCGCCAUUUGCGGCAGCCCUCACCGCCAAGAACAACAAAGCUGCUCAGUCUAUACUUGAGAAGAAUCCAUCAGCCGCUGAACAGGUCGAUAAAAAGGGCCGCAACUUCCUACACGUUGCCAUUCAAAAAUGUGAUAUGGAAAGCGUGAUGUUCCUUUUAUCGGUGGAGGUAGAUGUGAAUUCACGAGUACAAGACGCGACACUAGCGCCACCGCUGCAUUUAGCGGCCGCUGCCGGCAACGAGGUGCUUCUGCGGAGUUUGCUUCUUGCUGGCGCUAGGCCCAACGAUAGGGAUGCACACAAGCGGACGGCGCUGCACGUGGCGGCGGCGGGCGGGCAGGCGGCCAUCGUGUCGGCGCUGACGGGCGGCGGCGCGGAGUGCGGCGCGGUGGACGCGGCCGGCGACAACGCGCUGCACGUGGCCGCGCGCGACGGCCACGCCGCCGCCGCACGCGCGCUGCUCGCUGACACAGACAUAGACGCCGCCGCACCCAACCUCAAGGGUCGAAAUCCAUUGCAUGAAUUAUGUUGGUGUAAAAAAGAUAAUGCAGCGACAAUCUGUGAAAUAUUUUUAGAAUUCAUGCCGGAUUAUCCCAUCAAUAAAACAGACUUACAGGGUAACACACCACUACUGCUUGCGUACAUGAACGGGCAGGCUGCCAUGUGCCGAGUGCUGGUUCGCGCCGGGGCCUGCCUCGCACAGGAGAACAAGGAGGGUGUCUCCAUAUUUAACUACCAGGUCGCCACAAAACAGCUAUUGCAUAGACUACUUGAUGCACUACCAGCUGAGGCUCCGUGGGCGGAAAGUGACCUGUGUCAAGAAUGCGGUACAAAAUUCACGCUCACUAUGCGAAAGCAUCAUUGUCGUCACUGUGGUAGGAUGUUAUGUAACAAAUGCUCCAGCCAGGACGUUCCAAUACUCAAAUUUGGCAUGAAUAAACCGCAGCGAGUUUGUGAGAUAUGCUUCAAUGUACUCCAAGUUGGUGCUAGUUAGUAAUAUCUCCAUAUAGAUGGCGCUUGGCCAAAACGGUGUGAUAUAAUAGUUUUGUAUGAGGGCUCAGCGAUUUUAUGUUGUUAUCUAGAAUGCGUUAUGAGUGGGUUAUAUUUGCUAUUUGAGCAAUGAUAUAUAACUUUUGGAUUUUGUUACAUUCUCAAAUGUAUACUGUAUUAUAUAUUUAAAAUACGUGGUCACAACAUAGUUAUGUUUCUUGCGUAUUUGUAGUAAUUUUAUUACUAUAAUGUGAUGCAAUAUUUU